AUGGCACUCAUAGCAGCUCAGCUGCAGCAAACCCUACAACAAAGCCUCAUGCAAAUGCUGACUACCCUCCAACAGGACAAGCAAAGGUCAGCAGCUCAAGAACCUGGUCAGUCUCAAAGGGCACCUUCCCGGCAAGAUGAGCACCCUCCACCUGGGGAGAGGUCGGCUCAUCGGGAAACUGCCCUCCGAAGAGAAGAGACUCACGUCUCCAGGUCACCGAGGGGAAAUCCUGGGCGCAAGCCGGAGGAUGCUAGGAACAUUCUUAAUGAGAAGCGCCGUAGUCAGGGGUAUGACGCCCGUCAGUUCUUAGAUCGCAAGGCAGCUCAGCGAGAAGGACAAGGCGACUCGGCGCAGUCCAAGCCUCUAAGACUGGGCAACGAAAGCUUGAAGUUCAUGACCCCGUUCAGUCGAGAGAUCAUUGACACCCCUACCCAAGGGAAAGUUAAAACACCGCUGAUCGAGCAAUUUGCGGGCCUAACCGACCCGGAAGAUCAUAUGGCCACAUAUAAGGCUCAGAUGAGUGUGCAGACCAGCUGCGAGGCCACAUGGUGUCGGUUCUUCCCCACCACCCUGAAGGGGCUCGCGCUGAAUUGGUUCCAAGAGCUGCCGGCCGGAAUCAUCACUGAUUUCGCGGUACUUGAGGACAUGUUUACCCAUCAAUUCGUGGCCGGAAAGAGGCAAAAGAAGACAAGCUUGCACCUUAUGAGAGUCAAACAAGAGAAGAACGAAAGUCUAGCCGACUACAUAAAAAGGUUCAAUGAAGAAUCUCUAAAAGUGUCCGACCUGCAGGAUGCAGUUGCGUUCGCUGCUCUCAUGUCCGGGUUGCAGCCUGGCCGGCUCAGAUGGACAUUGGCAGAGAGCGAAGUUAAAACUUUUUCCGAGGCCAUGGCAAAGGCCCAGAGAUUUAUCCAAGCGGCGGACGUAUGUCGUCACUCGGAAGAAGGAAGUAAGAAGAGAAAGGAAGAGGGCAGCAACAGAGAUCAGCCCAAACAGCAGAAAACGGGCGGUAGGUCGGACAGAUUUACAACAUGGAAACGACCCUCGUUUCAACAAAGAACGGAGAGAAAUCUACUGGAAUCAAGCAUAAGUCCAUGCUGCCUCAUCCCCCACCCAUCAGGACCUCAGCCUAUCGGCGGGACAAAAGCCAGUGGUGUGAAUACCACCGAGAAUGUGGUCAUACCAUAA